UCAAGCCAAGAACAACCGGAGAGAUUAUUAAAGUCCUCUCAAUUUGGCUUCAAGGCAGAGAUGGAAACUUCUAUAAACUCCACCACCUCAUCGCUCUUCCAAUGGUUAGGUCUUAUAGAAGAUUAUGAUCAGCCUUCUACUUCUACCCUUCCUAGAGUCAUCACCCUUCUCGCUUUAAUUCUUGGGAAGAUGAUCCAAAAGAAUGAAAAGUCACUCCACACAAGACACAACAAGGAGGGAGAGAUCACUAUGUUCCAUGGAUCAAGAGCACCAUCGAUGAACAUUCAUCGCUACACAGAGAGAGUCUAUAGGUACGCUCGUUGUAGCCCUGCGUGCUUCGUGGCAGCAUUUGCUUACAUCCUGAGGUAUCUAGAAACACCAGUGGCUACAAGCAUGACUCCUCGUCUCACAUCACUCAACGUUCAUCGCCUUCUCAUCACCAGUCUCUUGGUAGCAGCCAAAUUCUUGGACCGCAAGUGCUAUAACAAUGCGUAUUAUGCAAAAAUCGGAGGAGUGAGCACUGAGGAGAUGAAUAGGCUGGAGAGAACGUUCUUGUUCGAUGUUGAUUUUAGACUAAAUAUUACAGCAGAGAUGUUUGAGAGACACUGUCUAAUGUUGCAGAGAGAAACGGUGACUUGUGAGCCAAGGAAACUUAGAACAGUUCUUGGAGAGGUAACUUGUAGCUGCCAAGCGAUCUAAUAAAAGAAAACCCAUAAGAUUGGCUUAGAUCUUCUUUUCUUCACUAGCUAAUGUGUCUCUCAUGACUAUUUGAAGAAACAGAUCAAUGAAAAGAAACCAACAAGAAAUAAACCUAGUUAAGAUUGGAAUAAAAACUUUUUGUGUUUUUUUUCUAAUUGAACAAGGCACUUGAAACAUCUAUUCGUUCGAAAAAAUCAAAAAGUUUAUUUUCUUAAUUAGAAAUGGUCCAAUCAGAGCUAAAUUUGAGCUUAUAUAAAUAUUCUUCUUCA